CUCCCUCGCCCCGCUUUAAAGUCUCCGCCAGGAUCCGGGCUCGCCCGCCACUUCCUGUACGGCAGGAUGGAGCGCGCCGGGGCCCCGGCUGCCCGCCGCCCGCCCGGCCGUGCGCGGAGGCGGCUGUGAGCGCCCGGUCGGUCCGCGGCAUGCGGCGCGCCCCGCUGCCCGCCUGAGCCGCGCACACACCGCGCGGGGGGGUCCCCGCGCCCCGCCGCCGCUCCUCGCUGUCCUCCCCCUGCCCCGCGCUUUGCGGGAUUUUUUUUUUCCGUCCCCCCACGUUGAGGAGGCGAGCAGGAGCCCCCCAGCUUUCUCCCGCAGGAAGAAGGGGUGCGGGGAGAAACUUAUUUUCAACAAGUUUUUUUUUUUUUCCUCCUUUUUUUUUUUCUUUUUUUUUUCCUCCCUUUCUCAUCCUCCUUUCCCCCCCUCCCCCCUUCCCCCGUGUUAAUUAUUUUAGCCCCUCUCCCCUUUCGAUGUGCGGCUUUGGACAUGCGGAGGCUACUGCAACCGUGUUGGUGGAUCUUUUUCUUGAAAAUCACCAGCUCCGUGCUCCAUGAUGUGGUGUGCUUCCCCGCUCUGACUGAAGGUUAUGUUGGCUCUCUGCAUGAAAACAGACAUGGUAGUUCUGUGCAGAUACGGAGGCGAAAGGCUUCGGGAGAUCCUUACUGGGCGUACUCGGGUACCUAUGGUCCCGAGCACUGGGUUGCUUCCAGCGAGAAGUGUGGAGGGUCUCACCAGUCUCCCAUAGACAUCGUAGACCAUCUGGCCCACGUUGGAGAUGAGUAUCAAGAACUGCAGCUUGAUGGUUUUGACAAUGAGUCUUCGAACAAGACUUGGAUGAAAAACACAGGGAAAACGGUUGCUAUCCUGCUGAAGGACGAUUAUUUUGUCAGUGGUGCCGGAUUACCAGGAAGAUUCAAGGCAGAGAAAGUGGAGUUUCACUGGGGUCAGAGCAACGGAUCAGCUGGCUCUGAGCACAGCAUCAACGGCAAGAGGUUCCCCGUUGAGAUGCAGAUUUACUUCUACAAUCCCGAUGACUUUGACAGUUUUGGAACAGCAGUUCUAGAAAACAGGGUAGUAGGAGCCAUGGCUGUGUUUUUUCAAGUCAGUCAGAGGGACAAUUCAGCACUGGAUCCCAUUAUCCAUGGGUUGAAGGGCGUCGUACAUCAUGAGAAGGAGACCUUUCUGGAUCCCUUUGUGCUGAGGGAACUUCUGCCAACUUCGCUGGGGAGCUACUACCGCUACACAGGUUCCCUGACUACUCCUCCGUGCAGCGAGAUCGUGGAGUGGAUCGUUUUUCGGAAGCCUGUUCCCAUUUCUUACCAUCAGCUGGAGGCAUUCUACUCCAUCUUCACUACUGAACAGCAAGACCAUGUGAAGUCCGUGGAGUACCUGAGGAAUAACUUCCGACCACAGCAAAGCCUGAACAACAGGAAGGUAUCCAAGUCUGCUGUGAAGGAUGCUUGGAACCAAGAUAUGACAGACCUCUUGGAAAAUCCACUCGGCACAGAAGCUUCCAAAGCUUGCAGUACUCCUCCAGUGAACAUGAAAGUGCAGCCUGUGAACAGGACGGCGUUACUGGUAACCUGGAACCAACCAGAAACCAUCUACCACCCUCCGAUCAUGAACUACAUGAUCUCAUAUAGCUGGGCUAAAAAUGAAGAUGAAAAGGAGAAGACUUUCACCAAGGACAGUGACAAGGACCUGAAGGCCAUCAUUAGCCAUGUCUCACCUGACAUCCUUUAUCUGUUCAGAGUUCAAGCAGUUUGCCGAAAUGAAAUGCGUAGUGACUUUAGCCAGACUAUGCUCUUUCAAGCUAACACCACUCGAAUUUUCGAGGGGACCAGAAUUGUGAAGACAGGAGUGCCCACGGCAUCUCCUGCCUCCUCAGCUGACAUGGCUCCCAUCAGCUCUGGCUCCUCCACCUGGACCUCCUCGGGGCUCCCCUUCUCCUUCGUGUCCAUGGCCACAGGGAUGGGGCCUUCCUCCAGUGGCAGCCAGGCCACCGUGGCCUCAGUGGUAACCAGCACCUUGCUGGCAGGGCUGGGCUUCAGCGGUGGUGGCAUCUCCUCCUUCCCCAGCAGCGUCUGGCCCACCCGGCUGCCCACGGCGGCCGCCCCCAGCAAACAGGCGGGACGGCCCGUGGUGGCCACCACCGAGGCCGCCGCCGCCUCCCCGGGGCCGGAGCGGGACUCGGCACUGACCAAGGAUGGCGAGGGAGCUGAGGAGGGGGAGAAGGAUGAAAAGAGUGAAAGUGAGGAUGGGGAGCGGGAGCACGAGGAAGAGGAAGAAAAGGAUGCUGAAAAGAAGGAGAGAGACAGGGCGACAGCAGCCGCGGAGGCGCGCAAUAGCACAGAGCCCAGCGUGGCCGUGGCUUCCCCCAACCGGACUGCUGAGGAAGAAGGAAAUAAAACCAUAUCGGGUGAAGAGCCAAACCAAAAUGUUGCCCCUGCGGCUGGAGGUCCCAAGGAGGAGAGUUUGGAUGAAGCCAACACUCAGCCCCAGCCGCUCCCUUCCACCCAAGUGCCACCAGCGUUCACCGAUGAACUGUACCCAGGCAAGAUCCCAAGAAGACCAGAGACUACAAGAAAACCUCCUCCAAAGGAGGACAGGUUUCCAGAGGAAUACCCCUCAGAUAACAAAUUCAUUACCAUUAAUCCAGCUGGCAAGAACAGCUCCAGCAUGGCCACGAGACCUUCUCCUGGUAAAAUGGAAUGGAUCAUCCCACUCAUUGUGGUCUCAGCACUGACCUUCGUGUGCCUCAUUCUCCUCAUCGCUGUGCUUGUCUACUGGAGAAAGUGUUUCCAGACUGCUCAUUUCUAUGUGGAGGACAGCAGUUCCCCUCGUGUGGUCCCCAAUGAAAGUAUUCCCAUUAUACCUAUUCCAGAUGAUAUGGAAGCAAUUCCAGUCAAGCAGUUUGUUAAACACAUCAGUGAGCUGUAUUCUAAUAACCAGCAUGGGUUCUCAGAAGACUUUGAGGAGGUGCAGCGCUGUACGGCCGACAUGAACAUCACUGCAGAGCAUUCCAACCACCCCGACAACAAGCACAAGAACAGAUACAUCAACAUCCUGGCCUAUGAUCACAGCAGGGUGAAGCUAAGGCCUUUACCGGGGAAAGAUUCUAAGCACAGUGACUACAUUAAUGCUAAUUAUGUUGAUGGUUACAACAAAGCAAAAGCCUACAUUGCUACCCAGGGACCUUUAAAGUCUACCUUUGAAGAUUUCUGGAGGAUGAUUUGGGAACAAAAUACUGGAAUCAUUGUCAUGAUCACAAACCUUGUUGAAAAAGGAAGAAGGAAAUGCGAUCAGUACUGGCCGACAGAGAACAGCGAGGAGUACGGCAACAUCAUCGUCACGCUGAAGAGCACAAACAUCCACGCCUGCUACACCCUGCGCCGCUUCACCGUCAGGAACACCAAGAUGAAAAAGGGUCAGAAAGGAAACCCCAAGGGGCGGCAGAACGAGAGAACGGUUAUUCAGUAUCACUACACGCAGUGGCCCGACAUGGGUGUGCCCGAGUACGCGCUGCCCGUGCUCACCUUCGUCAGGAGAUCCUCUGCAGCCAGGACCCCGGACAUGGGACCAGUGGUGGUGCACUGCAGUGCUGGUGUUGGCAGGACUGGUACCUACAUUGUGAUAGACAGUAUGCUGCAACAAAUAAAAGACAAAAGCACAGUUAAUGUCCUGGGUUUCCUGAAACAUAUCAGGACACAGCGCAACUACCUCGUCCAGACAGAGGAGCAGUACAUUUUUAUUCAUGAUGCCUUGUUGGAAGCCAUCCUUGGGAAGGAGACUGAAGUGUCUGCAAACCAGCUGCAUAGUUAUGUUAACAGCAUCCUCAUACCUGGCAUAGGAGGGAAGACACGACUAGAAAAACAGUUCAAGCUGGUUACACAGUGUAAUGCAAAAUACGUGGAAUGCUUCAGUGCUCAGAAAGACUGCAACAAAGAAAAGAACAGGAACUCAUCAGUCGUGCCAUCUGAGCGUGCUAGAGUGGGCUUGGCACCGCUGCCUGGAAUGAAGGGAACAGAUUACAUUAAUGCCUCUUAUAUCAUGGGCUACUACAGGAGUAAUGAGUUCAUCAUAACACAACAUCCACUGCCACAUACGACUAAAGAUUUCUGGCGAAUGAUCUGGGAUCACAAUGCACAGAUCAUUGUCAUGCUGCCGGACAACCAGAGCCUGGCAGAAGAUGAGUUUGUGUACUGGCCAAGUCGCGAGGAAUCCAUGAACUGUGAGGCCUUUACUGUGACACUUAUCAGCAAAGACAGACUGUGCCUCUCUAACGAAGAGCAAAUUAUCAUCCAUGACUUUAUCCUUGAAGCUACCCAGGAUGACUACGUUCUGGAAGUCCGCCACUUUCAGUGCCCCAAAUGGCCAAACCCAGACGCUCCCAUAAGCAGUACCUUUGAACUUAUCAAUGUAAUCAAGGAAGAGGCCUUAACAAGGGAUGGCCCCACCAUAGUUCAUGAUGAGUAUGGAGCUGUGUCAGCAGGAACGCUAUGUGCCCUUACCACUCUGUCCCAGCAGCUGGAGAAUGAAAAUGCUGUCGAUGUUUUCCAGGUGGCAAAGAUGAUAAAUCUUAUGCGGCCUGGAGUAUUUACAGACAUUGAACAGUACCAGUUUCUUUAUAAGGCAAUGCUAAGCUUGGUCAGCACUAAGGAAAAUGGAAAUGGUCCCAUGACACUGGACAAAAAUGGUGCUGUGAUGGCCAGUGACGAAUCUGAUCCCGCAGAAAGCAUGGAGUCUCUUGUCUAAUCGUAAACCUGAAAAGGCACUUAAUUUGUAGAACUUCUGAAGACUGAGUGAACUUUUUUGAGGCCUUUUUUGCCAGACUCUAGGUUAUACAAUAACCCAAUUACUUUUUUACACUGAUAAAAGUUUUGAUAUUUAUUUUUUGCCAUUUUAUGUCUUAAUGGUAUCCUACUGAGCAUUUGCACCUCUGUUUAUUUCACACAGUGAAACGCAAUUUUAUCUAGUUUGCACUAUAUGAUCAGUGUUACUGCCUAUAAUACUCUAAUACAAGACAAGCCCUGAUGUGACAUUCCAUGACAACAAACAUACGCUUUUUUCUGUUUUGUUUAAAUGCAGUGAAGUUUUGCUAACUACAGUGACCCUCGAAUCCUAAAUCUUGAAUGCUAGGCCAGAUGGAUUCUUUCUACAACAGAUACUGUACCCCUUCAUACCAUAUUUAUUAUUUAAUGAUCAUGUCACAGUUUUGGUAACGGUGUUCUGCAUUCCAUGGAGUGGAUGAGCAGUGUUCAUCCUUUCUUGACAAAACGUGGCAGGUGAUUAUUAGCUACAGUGAAGCCUUGUGGAGCUGAAACAAUUAUUUCUGUAUUGUUUCAAAUUGCUAUUUUGUACACUUACAGGCCUGAGACUUGCUUCACAUGGAAUAUAUGUUACAUACAAUAUAAUUAUAAAUUAGAUGCAAUUCAUAUUUGGGACACAGUGAUAGGCUUUGAAUUUACAAUUUCAAAGUUUCCCCAUGUAAUCAGAAAAAUGCUGAUUUUGGUUUAUAACCAGCCCUGUGAUGGGAAAGUAUUUUGGUUUUAUUCUCAUCAGAGCCAAUACAGUGAGAAAUCUACUACAACCCAAAAUCAGACCUGUUUUCAGAUAUAUUAAAGGUAGCAAUAUUUUACAUUACUAAGCUAUUCAAUAUUUUAAACACAUCUAAUUUCCUUACUAUUUCUUGAAUAUGACCUCACACCUAAUGGUAUGUUACAUGAUGACAGGCGUUUCUUAAUUUCAUAACUGUUAGAUGCCAUUUUUACAGGUGUGUAAUUUUCAUACUUUAGUGCUAAAACAUAAAGUACUGAUCCAUAUUUACUGGUGAAGCAAACUAAUAAAAAAACUACCUAUAAAGUUACAUUCUCCCUCUUUUUUUUUGCCAGACUAAUUCUUUAGCACAAACCUAGCUUAUUGUGUUUUCCCUCCCACACGAAUGAAAUGGUUUCCCCCAGAUUAUAUAAAUAAUUGAAUUAUUGUUUGGAGCAUUUAAGUAUACAUCCCAACUGGCUCCUUCUUCCUUUGUAUUGGUCAUAAUUCAACAAGGUCCAUCCCUGUUUAACAAAAGAAGUAAGCACAUGCUUAAUUCUCCUUAAAAUUGAGGUUAAUCAUGUCCUUCAUAGCUCGGCUGAGUAGGGAGGAGGGGUUAUUGAGUCUGCCUGGAAAAAGAAAUAUGUGAUUUCAGCCAUCCUGACAUUUGGUGGACAGUUAAAGGCACUAUCCCUUAUGUGUAGCAUUAUUUUCUUUACUUCUGAAUUUCAGAUGCACAAAACGUGCAUUGUAAUUUUUCAGGACUUGUCAAAAUGUUACAGCAUUUUUUUUUUCAUUUAAUACAGCCUAUUUUUUCAUUUAAAUGUAAACCUAUUAAUUUCUGCCAGUCCAGUCUUGCUGAAAUACAGACAUUUGGCAGCGUUCUGUGUAUUUUCACUCACAAGGAAGCUGAAAGCAAACUGCUUAAAAGGAUAUGGAGAGUAGGCAUUUUGGUUCAGGACCUCUCACGAUGCAAACUGAUACGACCUUGCUGAGAGCAGAGGAGAUAUGCAAACUGGUAUGUGCUAAAAUCUGGCCUUUUGUCUUCAAUGAAAGAAAGAUUUCCUACUCAAUUAAUUCAACACCACAGUAUUCAAGAGCUCAUCAGCAACCUUUCACUUCUCCGUUUGUUGAAUCUCUCUCCAUACAAGUGAUCCCAAUAACUGUUAAUGCUGAACAGGAUAAUAAGCCCGUGGUUUCAGUAAGGAAAUCUCAUGUCCAGCAACAGCUAGUCCAGAUAAAAAAUGUGCAGAAUGUUUCAAAAGGUUGUAGUUUGCAUCCCCUUUGCCCUGGGAUAGCCUGGCAUGGAGAAGGGAGUCAGUUAAUGUCUGGUAGGAGGUAGGACUGGCUCUACAGUCACUACACCCCAGUAACAGAAUUGUUUAGGUAAGUUUUCAAGUGCUGCUGCCUGCAAAGUCUGGAAGGUUUUGCUGAGUGAUCUGUUGGCCAGUGGGCAUCAGCAUUAGAGGCUGGGAAACCCCCCUGCACCCCCACUAAUCAGCCUGGCCCCAGGAAAUUCCAGCAGGUAGCACAAAGGGACUGAUGAGUUGGAUCAGUUCAAUCUGAAGUAUUUAAGUUCCUGGGGAGGUGUAGGGAGAAGUUAAGAAUUCAAACCCUGACAAGAGCUAAGUGACACGAAGAUUACUGCAGGCAUCAAGAGGGUUGGAUUUGUUCAGUACUUUCAGCUGAUUACUUUUCAUUUCACUGGCAUGAUGGAAGAUAACUGUGGUUCGUGACACACUGUCUGAAUACCCUUGGUUUAAUCCCUUACCUUCUCACAAGUUUUAAACAUCAAUGAAUGAAGGCUGCGGGGGUUGAACUUUGGUAGAUGCUUUGGAAAUCCAUGCAUUUGCAUUGGCAUUUUUUGACACCUGAAAUACUUUUGCUUGGGGUUUAAUCCAUGGGGAAAUAAUGUACACUGGUGUUCUGUGAGUUCUCCAUAGAUUUUUUUUUUUUUUGUAAGGAGGCUGGAGCUGUGUGUUAAGUGCUGUGCUGACAGUCAGGUAGCCAAUAGAUGGUAGUGAUGCAUGAGGCUUGAAGUGGGUGAAGCUAGAAAUUGCUUGUGAAGGUCAGGAUUAAGUGCACAAAGAGCCAAAUCUACCCUACUGUAAGCAGCUGUAGCUCUGCUCUCUUACAUGGAUUUGCACCUUUCCCUGGACUGAGUGGCAGAAGGAGGGAGUGUCUGCUCGGAGAUGGGCACUCAUGAGAUCUGCUGAUGUUCCCACAAGUGUCUUGCUCUGUGCAUCCCAACCUUGCUUUUGGCACAUCAACCCCCCCCUCUGUACCCACCUCUUGGCAUUCAGUCAGGAUGUCUUUCAAGCAUCAGAGGCGAUGUGCAGGUUUGCAAAUUAAGAGAACCUGAGUAUAUCCCUAUGGUCCUCAGCACCAGCCCUGAGAAAUAUGGAAGGACUGAAGCACACGUGUGCAUGUGUGUCUGCAUUUAGAAAAUACCAUUCCUCCAUGUCUUGCAUGUGUACUGUGCCCACAGACCGUGAGAGACAUAAACGGUGCUGAGUAAGAGCAGCCAAGCUUUCCAAGAGGGAACGCUUGGAAAGCUGCUGUACCAUCUUAGCCUCUAAAAUGGGUGACAGUCUCAGCUGAAUGCCCCAUCCUGCAAACACUCCUGUAUGUGAGCUCGGUGCCUGUAGGAAGGUCUGGCAGAGCUGGUGGGACUGCUCAGAUGUGCAGGCUGAGCACUGAUUCUUCUGCGGGACCAAGGUCUAAGGAGCAUUCAUUUUAAACAGCAUUUGUCCUUAGUAUUUCAGUGUCUGUUUCCAAACACUAAUUUAGGAACAGGAAAAAAGAAAAAUCCAAACCCCUUAAACUAUUUCUUGUGAGUGACUGUUUCUGUACUGCGGGUCUGGUCUGUUCUAGGUCAGCAGAGUCAUUUACAGGAUCUGAAAAAUUUCAGUUGUUUUUCCAGUUUCUGACUGCUCAAAUUGUUUGAACCCAGAGUGAUACAUUGGAACAUUAGGAGAAGAAUCUUUAUGACACAGCACAACUGCCUUCUCAUUAAUCUUUCUUUUAAGAUAAUAUAUUUUAUUUAAAAGCUAAAAAGUAUAGAUAUCAAUUCUACCAAAGAUAUAUACUACUAAUUCUCAGCAAAACAAAACCAACUUAAUUUUAAAAAAAAAAUUAAAAUGUAGUUGUCUUAAAGAUUUAGCAGUCUUUCUCAAAUUCAUGUCUUCUGACAUCAGAUCUUGUGUUCUGAAAUUUAUAUUCAAAUGGUGCCAGUGAAUUUUUAUAUGAAGGGAAAAUGCCUAUUUGUUAAUCCACUGCAUUGCUUUUCUUCUUUUUCUUUUUCUCUUUUUUUUUAUUUUUUUUUCAGAUGUAAUUCACUGUUACCCCUUUGCUCUUCUUCUCUUUGUUGCCAUUCUAACAAUGUGAACUACAUUGGCUUUACUUAUCAAAGGAGAAGGAAUGCAAAAAUAAAGAAAAAGAGGAACUGUAAUGAAGAGAUUUGGCCUCUACUUUGUCUUAGCUGUUAAACUGUUUUUAGUGUUUUUGUUAACUAUUUGCAAAGGGAAGCAUUUUCUACAGAGGAUAAUUAAUUUCAAGAAAAAUGUCUUGAGUUUUAAGAAUAAACGUCUCCAAAAGAGGAGAUAGUCAAUUUUAUACAAUGUCACAACUCUCCAACAUUUGGGGUAGUGACUUUUUUUGUUUUGUUAGAACAUUUGAGACUAGCAAGCAGCCAUUGUUUCUAGAGACUGAAGCAUUCAUGUGUACUCCUAUUUUCUUUUCCUUCAUUUUUAAAAUAGCAAAGUCAUUAAAACUGUAAAUAUUUUGUUGCUUGGAUAAGCAUCUUCUGGGAACUUUGUAUCUAUGGUAUAUAAUCAUAGAAUUUUAUAUUUUCAUAUAAAGCUAAUUUUUUUCUAGUUUCACCUCCUUCCUAGUUCUGUGGUGGCUAUGUGAACACAAACCUUCUGUGUAUCGAGGUAGUGAGACACCAUCAUCACACUCCAAAAAAGAUUUCCACACAUGUCAUUUCUUUGGGGCAGUGAUUGUGAAAGUUGGAUAUUUUUUUUGGAUUCCAUUGUCAGUGUGUGCAAUAGGAAUUAGACUUAGCCAGUCACUGGAUACGUUUGUCUCAUUGAUCCAUUCAGAAAAAAAAAAUAAAAAUGUGGUGUUUGGUUUGGGGAGAGGGUGGGAGGGAGUAUUUUGAGGGAGAUUUUUUGUUUGUUUUUGUUUUUUGUUUGGGGGUUUUUUGUAACUUGAAGAAUCUUCUUUUUGUUAUGUUAAACUAUAUCAAAUCAUUCUAUUAUAGUGUUAUUUAAUAUGUAAAUUGUAUUGCUAUACAUAAAAUAAAGUAUGGUUUUUGAUGUA